UUCCUUCAGGUCCUCCACCGCCUCAUCUCCUCCUCCAGCGGAGCGGCAGGAUCAGAGAGGAGCAGCAUCAGCAUCACUGUCGAGCAUCUCCCUCACUGGGAGGGAGAGGAGUGGAGAAAGGCGAGAGAGAGAGAGAGAGAGAGAGAGAGAGAGAGAGAGAGAGAGAGAGAGAGAGAGAGAGAGAGAGAGAGAGAGAGAGAGAGAGAGAGAGAGAGAGAGAGAGAGAGAGAACCAAACACUGAGAAGUUUUUAGUUGGAGGGAGGACCAGCAGGGGAGAGUUUGGAGUGAGAGAGCUCUGUGGGUGGCUGCAGGGGGGGACCGGGAGCUUCAUUUCCCCCUCUUUCACUCUUGGCCGUGAGCUCCGUCUGCCUCCCUCCUCCUCCUCCUCCUCCUCCUCUUUCUCCUCUUCUCCGCUCCUCUUCUCACCCCGACUCUCCUCCCAGCUCCCGCCGUGGGGUCUCAGCUCUCCGUCUCCCUCCCCCCCCUCCCUCGCUCCCUACCUCCCCCGGGCCCUGCUGGGAGCCUCCGGGCUGCUGCGCCGCAGGAGGAUGUCUCGCAGGGAGUCUCCGCCGCCGCCCUCGCCGCCUCCGCCGCUGCUGGGGUUGCAGAGAGGGGAGGUGCAGUGCGAGGAGCGUCCGGAGCGAGCCGAGCCUCUGUCCGACGCCGAGAGGGAGAUCAUCCAGGACUCGUGGGGACACGUCUACAAGAACUGCGAGGACGUGGGGGUGUCCGUGCUCAUAAGGUUCUUUGUCAACUUCCCGUCGGCCAAACAGUAUUUCAGCCAGUUCCAGGACAUGGAGGAUCCGGAGGAGAUGGAGCGGAGCAGCCAGCUUCGGCACCACGCCCGCAGGGUGAUGAACGCCAUCAACACUGUGGUGGAGAACCUCCACGACCCGGAGAAGGUGUCGUCAGUGCUGGCCCUGGUGGGAAAGGCUCACGCUAUCAAGCACCAAGUGGAACCCAUUUACUUUAAGAUCCUGAGUGGCGUCAUGCUGGAGGUGCUUUCUGAAGAUUUCCCAGAGUUCUUCACAGCAGAAGUGCAGAUGGUGUGGACCAAGCUGAUGGGGGCGGUGUACUGGCAUGUGACGGGGGCCUACACAGAGGUGGGCUGGCUCCAGGUCUCCAGCUCGGCGGUGUGAAGACUUAUGAAGAAGGAUGGGGUAAAGGAGUUUCCAGCGGACUUAACGAAAUGAAAAAAAAAGGAAAAUGAUGUGUUUGUGUGUUAAAUGUGGAGGGAGAAUUGCGGGGAGUUCGGUGAGGAUGGUUUCACAGACGUGGAUCCGGUUAACGUGGUAAUCCGUGAAACGUUGUUCUUUAUUUUGGUGCUAAGGUUUCGUUGCUGUGGUAUUUCUGCACUUCACUUCCCAGAGAUGAGUUGGACACCAAACAAUGUAGCAAGAUAUCAUUUUAUUCCUCAGAUACUAGUUGUAAGUGGUGCUUUGGUGUGUGUUUUAAGCCAAACAUGCUCUCACUGCUCAUACUAACUAUCUAGUUCUUCUGCUGUUGCUGCACAUCACUCCCUGUGCAGCACGACAUCUUCUUUAUGAAAGAGCUGCUCAGUGUUUAGCAGAUUUUUAUUAGAUUUCUAUCGAGAGUAACUGACUCUCUGGUCCUGUCUGAAGGCCUGUCAAGCUCUUAAAUCUUGCAAAGCUGAUAAUAGUGGCAGAUUUACAGCUUAAAAUUCUCAAUAUUUUUCUUGCUCCUUGAUUGGAGAUGGAGGUGGACAUAAGCAGGCUUUUCUUUUUAUCUACUUCUGCUUGCUAAUUACUGUCAACUUUAACGAGAAUUCAAAUUUCAGAAAUGAGAACCUUGUAAAAGGUCUGAAAUAUGCAGGUGAAGGCUAAAUAACAGUGGCAUUAUAUCAGACUAAAAGACUUAAAGUCACGAGUAACGGAAAAGAUAAGAACAUCAAUGUGUUGUGUGUUGUGGAGUCACUAGUCCUCUUAAUAUCGUAGAUUCUGAUAGGAGACGAUCGCUGGAAGAUGAAAAGGUGUCGUAUCACCAUGUUUUUGACAUGACAUCUAACUCCACAAAAUACAGAUAACUAAAAAAGUAGCCAGCUGAUAGACGAAUACACCGAUCAGCCUCAACGUUAACGUCACUCACUUUAUAUUGUAUAGAUCUCCCUUGUGCCACCGGUGUCUUGUGGUGUUUGGGUCUCGUUUCCUGGAACUCAUUCUGGAUCUGGAUUGUUUGGAGGUCAGAUACACACCCAUUAUUUCCAGGUAAUCAGAUUGCCAGCCAGUGAACUUGCGAUAAAAGUUCACCUAAAUUUGAAAUUAGCCCGGCAUGGAAGGCAACACAGAGGAAAAGCUGCUGUGUGUCUGAAUUCCUUAAAUUGAAGGAGAAAAGUUUGCAUUUUUAAGAAUAUUUCAGGAGGAAAACCCAAUCUUGGAAACAGGUUGGCGAGUCAGAUGUGUUAUAACCUCUUUAUAUACAGUCACUAGCUCCAGUAGUGGGUUUUUUGUUGAGCUGAGGUUAAAGUGUUGCCUCUCAGUCGUUCUACGGCUCGAUUAAACUGUCCUAAUUGAGAUAAUGAGGUACCCUCUAAAAAUACUGUUUGGACUCAACAAAAAAAUGCAACAAUUUGCAUCACUCUUUUUGAGUUCUAACAACCUCGAAUGGAAGUACCUUCAACCAACAAAGUUCACUGAGCUAGGGGAAUUAGCUUUUCCUCUUUUAAUUAAAGUUGUUUUCAUUCAGUAGUCUUAACAUUCAGAAAAUGUCAAGGCAUGUUAAGAUAGAAGGGGGUGGGGCAUGAAAUUCUGAACUAAAGCUUCAUCUAAAUCAGUAAAUAUAAUUUUCUUUUUAUUGUUGCAUCAACACAUUUAAUUAAGUGGUGGAAUAGGUCCUUUGAAUUACUUUUUAGAGGAAAAAGAGGUGUUGUUUUAUACAAGAUAUUCUAUAAAAGUCACGAUUUGAAAACAGGACCAGAGGUUUCCCCGCAGAACGUUGCAUUUUAAUGAGAUGAUCAGUGUCAUUCACUUCACUUGUCAGUGCUUUUAAGAUUCAAGCUGAUCGCUGUACGUUCUUAAGACGUGUUAGUAGACUAAAUGUACUUACAGUAGUAAGCUAAUCAGGAGACAUGCUAACAGUCAAAACUCUACUAAUCCAUCCUCCAAACUCUUUUUUUCUUUGUUGAGACACAAUUCUCAGUCUGUUUUUUUUACUAAAACGGGAGCUGAAGUUUUGUUUGUUAGAGUCUUUUCUCUGAGUUUGUUAAAUUUGAGAAAGCUGCUGUUUGUAUUUAAAAACGUGACUCACAGUAACAAGAUCAGUCAGGAUCUUACAGCAAAUUUAGUAUUUUUUGACACCUCGACAGGUGAGCUGUCACACAGAGUCACAGUUUAAAGCUGCAGUCAAAUAAUUUGUUCACUCUUAUUAAAAGUCUGAGCUGUUUACUGAAAUGACAACUACCAUAUGGGCAUUCAAAAAUUGUGUUCAAAAGAUUGUGUUCAACAUUACAAAAGUAGCUUUGCACAAAAAAUCCAAAUGUAAAAAUUCAUCUUAAAACAGCAUCUCUCAUUUCACUGAUAAGCUCAGCUAAAAAAAGUAGAAAACCAAAGAUAUUUCUUCUAAAUUAUGAAGUCAAAUAAAUGCUUAAUUAAUUCAUAGUAGUAGUGACAUCAUCAAGCAAAUUAAUACAGGACAUAAGUACUCUCAGCUAAAAAUAAAUUUUAAAAAAAUGUCAGCAGAAUGUGACAUGAAAAACAUUUUAUUCUACGAUGAUAAUACACAUUUUCAGCUUUUAGAAAACCACAAGUUCAACUGAUGAAAGUAAUUUGUGAGCAACAGAGACAACAUAAUUGGGUUGGUAUAUUUUCAUUAUUUGUGGUCUUUCAGUGUUGCAUUCUGCCACUGAACACUUCACGCUAACAAAGCGUCAAUUAAUCUAAUUUGACGUGAUCGCUCAAUAUCAAUAAAGCAUUAAAAACAAAACUCACUUUUAAGGAAUGUGUUUAAUACCAGCUGGUAGCUUAAAGUUGCUGAUACACUGAUUUCUUAACAUGUGGAAAAGUCCAAAAGCUUGACAGGCCUGAUGCUACAGUUAAUAAGUUAACACUGUGUUGGACUAUUAGUUGGAGAAGAAACAGAUAUUUAUCGAUGUAAAUGUUGCGGAUUAUUACCUUACAGAGUUCAUUUCUGUAGAAACUUGCGGUGAGAGAAGCAUCCUCUGGGCCUCACAUGUGAGUUCACCUCAUGAAAGAUAAAAGAAAUGUUUAGACGAGGAAUGAUUUUUACGCUACGAGAGGGGGCAGGUAGUUGUUGAAGCCCCGGCUACGGGACCAUGGAGCUGCUGACUGUUAAUAGAUCCUCUUUGUGUCCUACUACAGUAUAUCCUCAUGUUUAGGGGACCUGUGCCCCUUUUCUCUCUCUAUUUAAUGUCUUGUUUAACUUUACUGAGGUGUUGUUUGUAUAAGUGUACAGUGGGCAAAUGUGCAUACUCUUCUGCCUUUGUUUACGACUCAUUGACGUGUCAAUUUGUUGGCGGGUUGAAGAGGGCUUUUUUUGCUUUGCUCAAAGUCUUGACUAGCAACUAUGCUUUUUUCCCCCCUAUCAUUUCAUUUAAUUGCACAGACACUUAUACAUUGCAAAAGUAAGAUGGAAAAUGUCAGCAGAUGGACACAAUCAGCCGCCACACGCAUUCACACACUCAUGCAACGUCUCCUGGGCUAAUAUUUACAGCACUGUCAGUUGGUUUACCUCUUCAAAACCCAAUUGGAGAGACGUGCUGCUUUAAAGGCUCCAUUAAGGGCUUUAGAAACCCACUCUGGAGGUCUGUGAAACACAUGUCCGCUCUAGAAGUGCCAUCAGGCUGUUUCUGUGGAUCUCUCACCAGACUAACACAAGAAGCGACAUCCAAAUACAUGCAAACGCACAAGCUGCAUAAUGUGGUUUGUGUUGCCUUCACUGGAACGCAGUGGAACAAGGAGAAUGGAAACUCUGCAGGCCUCCUCUGAGUCUUUACCUUGUUUAACCUCGGCGUCUUUGGGCCACCUGCCCUCCUGCUAACAGUCCCCAUCUGCGAGUCUCACUCCAGUCAAUUCUCAAACAUUCACAGCAAAUCUGUUUAGGAUGGACAUUUGAUCCAAUCUCCAGUUUGCAUCUGCUCCACUGACGUCCUGUAUCUCCCAUCUGACCCCCGUCGGCAUCUGCAUCUGGCAUUAAUGAGGAAGUAAUGAGUCUCCUCUCCUCCUCAUUUGGUCAUUCAUCUACUGUAACUUCCCUUUGCCUCUGCUGAGACCGAGCCACUGACAGCAAAAACAAUUACGACCACACAGAUGGUCCUAAAUCUACACCAUAGCCGCUUUGUAAAAAAAAAAAAAAAAAUCCCUGUCAGUCACUUGAAAAUGAGUUUAGCGCAGAAUGAAUUCCCCAAAUUUGUGUGACACCUUUAUGCCAUGUUCCAUGUUGUGAUGUUCCCACAUUUUCCUGCUGUCUUUAGAAAGCAGGAAAAGAUUCACAGCCUCCUGAUGUGAUGAAGAAGUCCAGUAGAACAAGCUUCAUCAUGAAUAAGAGUGCUUGUUUCUCACUAGUUCAUGUUGCAAAACUGACAAAGGUUUUGCCCACAGAAAUACAUGACUCUUGUGGGUUUUUUUUUUUACCAGUGAAGUCAAGCAAAAAAAAAAAAAAAGCUUCAUAAUUUGGAUUUUUGCUUCAUCAAUAUUACAGUUUCCCCACUUUUCUUCCACUUGGUCUUUCCACGCUUCUUGAUCCUGAAUAAAUCUCGAUCUCCUUGAAAUUAGGGAACUAACUGAUUGAAAUUCAAAGACCAUUUUCACGCCUGACUGCAAAAUUUUAAUUUGUCAGAAAAAAGCACAAGUGAACUAAUAACACAAUCAGUGGCUCCUUUCCAGCAGUUACAACACAAUGCAGUUAUUAGAUAUGCUGUUGAAAAGUCAAAUUUGAGAACCACAGCCUCAGACCAAACUGUUAAAUCAUCAAUAGCUGUGUUUCUAUCUGCCUUUCUAUUGCAUUUAUGAUUUGUGUAUUUAAAAAAAACUGAAUGAAAAUAUAGGGAACUGUUGAAUUGAAAAUUUAGAGUUGCAGUGCAAUGUGACAAAUUAGCAAAUAAAUUCACUUUGUGCCAAAUCCUCAGUAUUUGCACCAGUAACGGAUGGAAGCAAAUUAUUUCACAUUCCAUUUUUGCCAUUUUUGAUGGAAAGAUUGAGUAUUAAUAAUCACUUUAUUUUUCAAAGUGAGUCAUGUUAAAUAUCUCCUUUGAAAUGUUAUUAAAGUUUAAUCCACAUUUGUGCGCAGAAACCAACUACAAAUUGCUUUAUCUCAAGUUAAUAUCUUCUUUUUCAUCCUCUUGUUUUCUCAAAACAACAAUAUAUUUUUCUUGUUAUAUUUACAUAAGAGAUUUUUGCUCCAGCUAUGAGAAAAUGUCCUGGAAUGACCAGACAACUUUAAUUGUAAAUCUGAUCUUUGUGAUUUUCAUAAAAUGAGAUUAAAAGAAUAACAACCACAACUGUUCUCGACUCACCGUUGACAUCCAACCACUGCACAAGUUUACUGAAGGCUUCCAUUAAACAAACUGCUUUGGAGCGGAACCGGAGAGAAAUGAGCCAAACAUGGAUAAAAAUACACACUGAUGUCAAACAAAUCAAAGUAAACCAUUUCCACUUUGGCUCAAACAGCUCUGGAGGCCGUAAAACUGAGUCAAAAUACCCCCUCAGUUCUUUUCAUUGCCAGAUUUCUGAGACUCAAAGGUCAGACCUCAAGCAGCUUGAGGUUCGGGGGAAUAUUUUUGUUAAACUUCCUUCGACAUCUUGUUUAUUAAACAGUGUGUGAUUUGAAACCUGUCUGCAAACACUGUGAAGCUACAGGUUUCGUGACCCUCGUCAGGCGUCUGCAUGCAGCACGUUCCCCCAGACACUAUAAACACACACAGCUAUGUGCAGACACAUCCCAAUUACACUUCUCACUAACAUACGGUCGGGCCGUGUCCUCGCAUGCCAAGUGUAUCAGCAGCACUUACUCCAACAUACGUUUUCAGUCAUUUUAAUCUUAAAAUAAUUUAAGUUAACACGUUCAUCCUCUUUCAGCGAUUAAGGGCAUCACAGCAUAUGUGGAACUGUGUGCUUUUGUUGUGAAAUGUUUCUGUCUAUCAGUUGAAAAGUCAGGACUUUAUAUUUUUCUAAAUAUAUCUCUGAGAAGGAUUCUGUGUAUUUGAACACUGUUUAUGCAUACAUGUCAUUGUAUACUGCGCUGUCAGUGGGAGCGAGUGCAGUGGCUUUGUAGUGUUUUGAGCAUGUUUGCACAGACUUGUACCUUCGCAGACCUGGUGAAAAUGAGUCAUGACCAUCAAUAAACUAUACUUGUAA